AAGUGUAAACGGUAAACCUUUGGCUACUCAACAAAAGCGCAAAACCUUAUAAAAGUGCUUCUCAAUUCUCACACUACCCGGAAGAGCGGCGAGAGAGAGAGAGCGAGCUGCAACUGCAAUGGCGACCACAACAGAGGAGAAACCAACCAACAGUGGCGGAACUACCGGGAAGGAAGGCAAUAACCUUUUGGGUGCACCCACUUACCAACCCCUCGAAAAUGGUCGAUUUAAAUGCGUAGAGACCGGCCAUGAGUUGCCUGCUCAUGCCAAGGACUCCUAUGCUCAGAGCAAACGAUGUCGUAUCGGCCUUAUUGACUUCGCUUUGUCUAAGAACAAACCCCCUCUCAAUAUGUUCAAGCCAGACCCUCUUAAUAGCUCUAAGUUAAUUUGUAAAUUAACUGGUGUUAUUAUAAACAAGUCGGAGGAGCAUAUAUGGAAGCAUAUUAAUGGAAAACGAUUCUUCAAUAAACUCGAACAAUUGGAAGCUGGUAAGUUGCAGGGUGAUGGAAACGUAGAAGAAGAAAAGGGUAAAAAACAAGGGCAGGGAAUUGGUACAGAGAAGAAGAAGAAAAAGAAGGAAAAAUUGAGGGAGAAGAAGAAGGAAGAGAUAGUAUCUGAGAUGAGGGACUCACCAUCUGAUAGUGAUAUGGAGGAACUUGACUUCUGGAUGCCUCCUGUUGGCGAGCGUUGGGACUUUGAUAUUGGAGGAGAUCGGUGGGGUUCUGAUUCAGAAUCGGGCGAUCAACCGGAUGAAGAUGACGGGAAAGGUGUAGAGGAUGAAGAGGAGCGUAAUACAUCUGCUGAACUUUCCCAAAGAACAAAAAGGAUGGCAAUAGAAAUCGGUCCAAGUAGCUUUGCUUCACGAAAGAAAAAGAGUAAGGCGAAAUCCCCAUGAGUUUUGUCCAUGGUAACCAUGACAAGUUAUUGCAAUGAUGGAUAUCAUAUACCAAUGUUUACCUUCUUUUUGGAUGAUGGUGUAGAGCAAUUUCUUAAUAUGUAUUUGUGUUUAUGUUGUAGGAAAAAAAACACUUUAGUGCUGCAUCACCUUUUUCCAGUAUUGUCUCUUUGAAAGAGUGUUAUAAAAAUACGAUUUUAA